GGAGUGACGCUGCGUUUCCUUGUUUUCAACACAGCGCGGGAGAUUCACAGGAGAAGUGGACCGAGUUUGCGGAGAAUAACGGAGAAGCUGUAAGUGUUCCGAGUUCAUUUACCGUCUGUUUUUACCCGAAUACAUUUACCGCACAUUUGGGGUCAAUAAGCUGAAUAUUAAACACGAUGAAAAGCACUUUUUGACGGGUCUGAAACAGCGUUUUAUCGGAGAGAAACGGUCAGUAUGUUAGCUUAACUCUCCAGUUAGCCAAGAUAAAUGACUAAGGAGGACUGUUGAGUGUUCAGGUCAACUUCUGCUUCAUGUUUCCAUGUCUGUUUCUGCUCCUCGUCAGUGUGCUGGUCUGUUAAAAUGCCUUGUGAGAGGAAACAGCUUCGUUACGGACACUCAGAGGGACACACUGAAGUCUGCUUCGACGACUCUGGGAGGUGAGUAAAAAGAAGAAGAAGGGUUUCCCUCAGAUCUGACAUUAAAAUCUACUCUUUUUAAGGUGGUUAAUCAUGUUUCUGCUUGAGUUAAAACAUUUUCACCUGCAGAGAAAAUUUGCAGUUAAUUAAGUUAGGACGUAGGGGAGACUGGGGUAAGUUGAGCCAACCUCUUUUUCUUGGAAAUAGUCAAAGAAAUUGAUCAUGUGACCAAAUAUUUAGGAGAUGGUCAUCAAUUCAUGGAGUCUGUGAAUGUUAGAAGCACAUGGGUGAAGAGGUUAGACAUUUAUUUACAAUAAAAACAUUUUUCUUCCCUCUGUAAAGUGAAUUUAGUCUUUAGUCAUCAGUUUGAUAAGAAUUGAGUUCAGACCAAAAAAAGAUCAUUUUAUCCCUUUAACCCUCUGUAGUCUGGGGUAUAAUCGGCUGUUUUUAACUACUCCUGAUUUUAUAUUUCCCCUUAAAAACUGUUUACCUCGUCUAGUUUUGUAUAAUUUUUUUCAGCACAACCUCACUGUGAAUUUAGUUAUUUUAUAAUUUUGACAAACUGUAUUAAUGCCCGACACCACAAAUUAAGGCCAGAAAAUUCAUGUUUUUUUAGAGCUGAAAUGUUUAUUUUAUUCACUGCUGAAAAUUUAAAAAAUCUAAAUGUCCUUAAAUUUUAACAAAUAUAUUUAUUGAUCUGGUUUGAUACAUUAGAUGUUUUUGGAAACUGAUAAACUAAAAGAGGACAUUUUUUAUCAUUUAUCAGACUGUAUUCAGGAGUUAUUUUCCUAAUUUGUUGAUCAUAUUGAUUUGAUAGAAGUGUAUAAAAGAGGCAUUAAAGGGUUAAAUUAGUUUUAUCCAUCUGUUGUGGUCUCUAUGAGCUCCAACAUGAGGUCAGAAACCUAACAGUCCACCAUUUUAUCUUGGAGGACUAAUAAAGUCAUCAUAGUAGUUCAGGGGGAACAGAGACAGUAAAGGAGUCUGAGGAGAGGAUCAGAGUUUACCUUCAGACUGUUGAAACUGUUUCAUAAAUACAGAUCUGUGAAUGUUCUUAAUCACUUAAAGACAUUCUCAUCUUCAAAUGUUGUUUUAACAGUUGUAUGUAAUAAUAAUAAAAAGAAUGAUUGUUCCAGUUGAAUAGAGUAUAACAGAUAAAAAUACACAUGAAUGUGAAGAAGUGACUGUUAUUUAGGGAGAGAGAAGGUGAGGGAGGGAGGUCAACUUACCCCCCCCAUACACGGGGUACCUGACAGUUCUGUUUACACUCAUUCUGUUGGUUUACAGGGAUGAACAACAUCCUGAAAUAUCUGCAGAUACACGAGUUAGAGACAAAACUAGGACUGACUUGAUGGACUGAUCCCAAAUAUGAAACAUGGUUCAUCUUACCCCGCUCUCCCCUAUAUUGAAAUGUAAUCAGAUAGAAUGGUGUUGAUUUCCAAGAUGUUUUAAUCUACUUUAAAAUAGAAAAAGACGACAUAAAAGAUCUUAAAAUUGAUGACUUUUAUCGUUGUCUGACAAAAUUUCUUUCUCUCUUUCUUCUUUAUCUCAAACUUAUAGAACAAAAAAAAAAAAAAAACACCGAACAAAAUAUCAAUACACCAAACAACAGUACAUUUCAAGUAUAAAUUUACACAAACAUGUUUGUCAAAAAUAAACAGUUUGAGAAGAAACAGAAUGAAGCAAAGAGUUGAUCUAGUCCGGACCCUCCGGACCCUUCCUUUAAAAUUAGAGAUAAAAAAAAAAAUCUAAUUCUAUAAAUGACAAAGAUCUGUUUAAAUACCUCCAUAUUAUACACAAAGAUAUCUGCUCAACACUAGUUUACUUAUUAUAAUUAUCUGCAUAUAAUAAUAAUAAUCAGUGUUAUAAUAUUCUGAAUUAAUAUCGCCUCUAUGCAAUCGAGUAUAUUAAGUAUAAAACCAUAAUUUUGUUAGUUUAUUUAUAUAAAUCUUUUAAUAUUUUUCUAUACUUUGAUUUAAACGUUUUUAUGUUAUUGGACAUUUUUAAAGUGACGUCCAGGCUGUUCCAGAGUUUAACCCCACAAACAGAAAUACACAGACUUUUCAGAGUUUUAUGGACAAUCAUCUCUAAUGUCUAACUCUGUGUUACUGUGUGUUUGACCCUAACUCAAUUUUACUUUGGAAUAUCCCUUUAAGCCCAGAAAAUACACCGUCAGUUUUCAUUCUACCUUCGACUGUUUCUAAAGUCUGCAUGUCUUAAAACGUUCUCAGGUUCAUUGUCACCUGUGGAAGUGAUGGAGAUGUGCGGAUAUGGGAGGGUCUGGAUGAUGACGAUCCGAAGUUCAUCACUGUCGGGGAAAAAGCGUACUCUCUGGCUCUCAAGGUUUGUCCCCUCUGUCUUCUGUCAGGUCUUUUUGAAUUGAUUAGGUUUUUUUUUGUUAUUACUCAUUAAAGCUGAGGUCAGAGGGUGACGGUGAUGUGAUCUUUCCUCCACAGAAAGGGAAGCUGGUGACGGCGAGCUCCAACAACACGGUGCAGAUUCACACGUUUCCUGACGGCGAUCCAGAUGGCAUCCUCACCCGCUUCACCACCAACGCCACUCAUGUCACCUUCAACAGCAGGGGCACCAGAGUGGCGGCUGGAUCGAGGUGAAUAACGAAAACAGACGCGUAAAAAAUGAGAUCGUUUAUACGUGAUUUCAAAACCAAAAAAUGAGCAAUAAUGUCAGUAAAAGAGGAACCAAACGUGUAAAGUCGAUCUGUUGAUUGUGUAUCUGUGAAGAGGGGAUGAUGUUUCCACCUCACAGACUCAGAAUCGCUUUAUGAUUAGUCUCGUUUGGACGUAAACGUCUGUUCGCUGCCUGGAUUGAUCGGCUCUAAACGGGUUUAUCACAGAGCAUGGAGCCGCAUCGAUGCUGCUGUUUUCAGGCAGGUAAUGACUGCUGCGAUAUUGAUCGUGAACAUUCAAAUAUCCGAGGAUGUGAGGAGAUAUUCAAGAUCUGCAUCCUGUGGAAAUCAGAAAUACUUCCUCAUCGAUUUGAGGGUUUGCGGUGGUGUUCCUCUGGCUGUAAAUAUACAAGAAAGUGUAAAAUAGAUUUCCUCAGAAGGUCUUUAACUUGAAUUAAUUCAGAAUUUUGUUUUGGGGAAAAAAGUCGGUGAAUGAUUUUCUCUGUCAGGAGAGUUUGGGGAUCUCUCCCUCAACGUUUUAACACCAAACGUUUCUUUUCCUCUCUUCGGUUUGCUCCAGUUUUUUCUCUUCUCUACCAUCUUGAUAAUAAUGAUCUCAUUCGAGUCCUUUUUAAAAACCUCUUCUGGAUUUCCUCUGAAACCUUGUCCUGUUAAUGGUAAAUGCAUCCGCUUAAACACAUUACAAAGGUCUGGACUUCAUGAGAUCUUUAAAAUCCGUGCCGCUGUAAUCCUGCAGAACUUUGAAAGCUGAAGCUGUUCACGAGAAGUCCGUGUUUAUGUCGUUUAGUUUAGUACAGCUUUGCUGGAUUUACUGUGGCUGUGUUGGUGCCUUUCUCAGAAUAACAAACAAUCCAAAAAACAGAAACUUCCUCGACACGUGUCCCCGCCGUGAAGAAGCGACUUUAUUUCUCCACAAAUCAGGUUCUUGUUUUUGCCUCAUAGAUGGUCAAGAGAAAGUUCCUCUGGUGUUAAUGCCGACUGCAGCUCUUUCAUUUAUUCACAGUAUAUUCAUGACGCACUUAACGUAUAACUGAAAGAGUCACUGCAUUAAAACUGGAGGAUUUCAUUCCUCUGAAGUUCCAGUCAAACCCUCCUCCUCUGAAAACAGUAAAACAGGUAACUCUGGUGACGCUGUUCCACUCCACAGUCAGCCGGUUAUUACUACAAACAUUAUGAUGAAUAUUAUUGUCAUUGUCAUUUUCUUUUAUUAUUAUUUAUUUAUUUAUAUACUUACAUUUACAGUUGUUAUUUUCUGCUCGGGUCCCUGCUGGGUCGCGCCUGUUAGACAAUGACCUGUGAUCUCCUUGCCCUCCCGGCCUCCCCCCUCCCCCAGUUCUCCGCCCUGGACUGUCUUCAGAUGGCACAUCACCUCUUUUAUUGCACAUCACACUAGAUUAGGAAGAGGAACGGGGUCUCAAUCUCAUCAAAUUAUAGUUCAGGACAACCCCUCUCCUCGGUUUUAAUGCACAACAUUAGAAAGCACAUAUAUGAGAGAAAUUAAGAAAAAAAUAAAAAUAAAAAUAAAUAAAAUAAUAACAAUAAUAAUAAUAAUAAUUAAAAAAAAUAAAUAAAUAAAUAAAAUAAUAACAAUAAUAAUAAUAAUUAAAAAAAAUAAAAAUAAAUAAAAAUAAAUAAAUAAUUAUAAAGUAUAUUAAGUAAAUAACAAAGACUAAAUACAUAUAUAGACAUAGGGCAAGGUGUUGUGCCGCAUUCAGUCCGGGGCAUGCAGGGGUUGGGGUGGGAGUCUGGGGGCCUGGAGGGAUGCAGAUGGGUCUCGUGCGAGUGGGAAGGGACCCGAAGUGGUCCACAAAUUCCUUCUUCUUCUUCUUAUUAUUAUUACUAUUAUUGUUGUUAUUAUUAUUAUUAUUAUUGAUAUUGUUGAUGUAGUAUAAUUUUCUUUUUCUUUUUUUUUUUGCUUGUCUGACAAUUGUAAUAUUUAU